AGCUCCAUAGUUUGGUAGCCGUGUAGCGACAUCAUGGCAGAAGACAAGGAGAAAGACAAGAAGGAUGCCGAUGAAAAGAAAGAAACCAAAGAGGACAAACCCAAAGAGGUGAAGAAGGACAGGCGGGAUGUGGUCGUCCAUCCCAUUGUUCUUCUUGGCGUGGUUGAUCACUACAAUCGAGUGGCCAAAGGCACCACGAAGCGGGUCGUUGGCACACUGGUUGGCGAGGUUUCGGACUAUAGCCUGCACAUCACCAAUUGCUUUGCGGUGCCGUUCGAGGAAGAUCCUCGAGAUCCUCAGGUUUGGUUCUUGGAUCACAACUUCCACGAGUCAAUGUUUGCGAUGUUCAAGAAGGUAAACACAAAGGAACGCAUCGUUGGCUGGUACUCAACUGGUCCGAAGAUCAAGCCAUCGGACCUGAGCAUUCACGAGCUAUACCGACGGUAUUGCCCCGAGCCAGUGCUAGUUGUGAUGGACGUGCAGCCAAAGGAUCUGGAGCUGCCAAUGGAGGCCUACUACUCCGUCCAAGAACAGACCUCAGAUGAGGUUUUCAAGAGAACGUUUUGGCACGUGCAGUCAACGGUGGGCGCUUUUGAGGCAGAAGAAGUUGGUGUUGAGCACCUUCUUCGAGACAUCAAAAAUGCGUCAGCUUCAACCCUUGCAGUGCGGGUGGGCGACAAAAUCGGUGCCUUGAAGGGCCUUGCAAUGCGACUUCGGGAAAUUUCCCAAUACCUGAGCCAAGUGGUAGCUGGAAAGCUUCCAAUGAACCAGGAGAUCAUUUACCAGCUUCAAGAGAUUUUCAAUCUGAUGCCGGAUCAGGACUCCGAAGAGCUCGUUAGAUCUUUGGCAACAGAGACGAAUGACAUGAUGCUGGCAUUGUAUCUGGGUAGUAUGCUGCGCUCGACUGUGGCAUUGCACAAUUUGAUCAACAACAAGAUGAAGAAUAAAAAGGUCAAGGAGAAAGGUCCAGAAAACAAGGAGAAGGGAAAGAAAGAAGAAAAGGAGAAGGCAAAGGACAAAGAGAAAGAUGGAAAGGAGGAGGCCAAGCAAUCCUGACCGCAGAACCAGAAUGCGUCAAGCUCGGCCCCAGAAGGAAAAGUUGUCCGGUGUGUGCUUCUAACUCCAACCUUUCGAAACUGCAGUUUGAAAUCAGUCCAUUGCUC